AUGGAGUCCUGGCCAGAGGGGGCAGUAAUGAGCGCAGAUUGUCACAUAAACCUGCAUUCAGGCGCAGAAGAAGAACGCGAGCUGCAGGUGACGAGGAGAAGCGGUACACGGAAGGAAGUGUACUUAUUCUAAUUAGUGUGCCUUCAUUAGGGCAUUUAACCGUCCUGGCCAGAGGGGGCAGUAAUGAGCGCAGAUUGUCACAUAAACCUGCAUUCAGGCGCAGAAGAAGAACGCGAGCUGCAGGUGACGAGGAGAAGCGGUACACGGAAGGAAGUGUACUUAUUCUAAUUAGUGUGCCUUCAUUAGGGCAUUUAACCGUGGGCAGAGUCAGGAGGAUGGGCGGUGCAGAGGACAGCGCUCUGGUGGAGCGAGUGGAUGAUGACUCUCUGGAUGGGCGGGACAGACAGGAGGACAUCGCCCAGUUCCCAUAUGUGGAGUUCACAGGCAGAGACAGCAUCACCUGUCCCACCUGCCAGGGCUCUGGACGCAUCCCCUCAGAUCAGGUGAAUGAGCUGGUGGCAUUGAUUCCCUACAGUGACCAGAGACUGCAGCCUCAAAGGACGAAGCAGUAUGUUGGUCUGUCUGUGAUUGUGUGUUUGUUUGUCUGCUCCCUCGUCACCUUCUUCAUGUUCCCUCGGCCCGUCCUGGUGGAGGACGGAGGGAUACAGUCUGUCGUCAUCCAUUUUGACCAUGACAACAGCCGCGUGCUCAUUAACAUGACCAAUGCCCUGAACUUUAACAAUCAGAACUUCUUCACCGUGUUGGUGGACAGUGUGAACAGUCAGGUUCUCUACAUGAAGACGGUCAUCGGCACUCAGCAGCUCGACAACAUCAUCAGCAUCCAACCACUGAGCCAGAGACAGAUGAACUUCACUGUGACUGUGGAGAUUAGCGGUUCACUGUCCUACGUGUAUGCUUUCUGCACCAUGGCGAGCAUUAAAGUUCACAACAUUGUGGUGUUCACACAGACCUCAGUAAAAACCUCCUACGUGGUUCGCAGUGCACAGAACACACUGGAGGCAUAUCGCUACAUUGACUGUGGCGCUAACUCCACCCUGCACCACCCACCUGACCUUCACGGCUCUGUGCUGCCCCACUCAGGCCGGAGGACUCUGUACACACACACAGGCUCCACCCAUUAAACACAGAAUAGCACUGUUCGCAUCACGCUAUCUUUAAGCCAGCAAUAGUGUGAGAUUUCUCAGUGUAUCUUCCCAUUAACUGUGUGGCUGAGACGCUAAACUCUAACAUUGAAUUCCUACUGGAUAAAAAAAAAACCUGCUGCACUUCCUGUUUACAUUCGCGUCUCAGGUCACUCACUUCAGGCACAUAAAGGGUUAGCCCUUAGCGUUAGCAUUUUGUGUUUCUGUAUUUAAACUAAAAGGGUGGGAAUUUUGAGAGAUAAAUGAGUGAUAAGUGGGGAUAAAUGAGAUGUGAUAAAUAUGCUAAAUGCUAGCAUGUGGUGCUACUGCUGAACGGCUGCUGAUAUCUCAGGUCACUUUUAUUUCAGGAGCAUGUAGUGUUAGCAUGUGGCCUUAUAGACUUAAAGCAGAGAGACAUGUAUAUAAAUGAUGUGUAACUGAGAUGCUAAAUGCCAACAUGGAUAGUAAAAUUAAUAAAAGUGUUUGUGUUUAGUCUUAACACUUAGCAUUAGCAGUGUUCGCAUAAGAGUUUCUGUACUUGAAGAUAAAUUUUGCACUUUAUUUGCUUUUUCUUUUUAAUAUAUAUAUUAGGAUAUUUUUUGGUUUGUGUAAUUAAAUAUAUAAAUGUGAAGAUUAGACUACUCCCAUUUUUCUCUUGUUUAAAAUGGCAGCAGUGAAAUUUUAAUCUUUAUAUAAUGUGUGUGUGUGUGUGUGUGUGUGUGCGCGCACGCCUCUGGUGACUGUUUUGAGUCAACACACCAAUCAGAAACAGUGACUUCCUUUAGCCCCGCCCCCUGGCUUUAAUGAGUAAAACUUGGAGUUUACAUUCAUAAUUAAAUAAAUAAAUAAACAAACUUUAUUGCACUAAUUUAUCAGAUGAUCAAAGAGUUUUCGUUUCCUUUAACUUUACUGUCAGAAGAAGCUGUGUUUAAGAUAAAUUCUCUAUAAACAGGACCGUGGAAAUGAAAUUCUACACACAAUAAAAUUUUAAAUGAA